AGCAAUCGCAAAAGGCCCUUGGAAACUGCAACAUAUCUGCCACUCAUCGACCUGUUCAUUUCCAUCUAAUUCUCGAGUUUCACGUUUGAUAUGUCUGCUAACGACGAUCAGGAUGAUCUGCAGCCCUCUGCCACCCCAGGCUACAAGCAAACUGGCGCUAUAAAAACAGCGGAUGAAUACGUACAGCUCGACGCAGAAGAUGAGAGCUUGGCACGGUGGAAAGCCAGUCUUGGUAUCACCCCUGGAAUAUCAACUGGGGACACCUCAGGACCAAGAGUGACAGUUCUGACCCUGGAGCUUGAUUCACCCACACUGCCUCCUGGCAAGAAGCUUGUCUUUAACCUCAAUGACGCUGCCAUGAUGGCUGAUAUCAAGAACAACCCAAUUACUAUCAAGGAGGGCGUAGAAUAUAACGUUCGGAUUACGUUCAAGGUGAAUCACUCAAUUAUUUCUGGUGUACGAUACAUCCAGCUGGUCAAACGUGCUGGUAUCAAAGUGGACAAGCUCGAGCAAAUGCUUGGGUCAUACGGUCCCCAUCCCCAAGGAGAACCAUACACGAAAAAUUUUGAUGUAGAAGAAUCGCCGUCGGGUUUUGUGGCACGUUCUGGAUCGUACUCUGUCAGAAGCCGUGUUGUGGACGAUGAUGGGCAAGUAUACGCAGACUGGAUGUGGUCGUUCAGACUUGCCAAGGAGUGGUGAAUGUAGACUUCUCGCCUUGACUUUUGUUGCAUUACCCUAUGACAUCAUUCUGCAUAUCAGCUCUCGUAUCGCCUUGCAUGUGCCUUUCGUACCCUUUCGAACAGUAGCCGCCGACAUCAAGUGGCUGCUGAAGAAAAGUUCUUCAGGCCGUUGUCAGGCUGACUGAAGCUUUCCGCUGAAAAAAAUGUUCAGAUAUCACGAAAUUUUGACCGGUUAGGUUUGGUGGACUCUAUGUAUUAUUAAAUACGCUAAGCAUGCAGGAGAAUGUGACAUGGCUUACAGACCGAUCUAA